AUGGCAUCUAAUAAAAAAAGAAAAAGAACUGAAGAAAAUAGAGAAUUUCAUCAGGAUUGGACGGAGUCCUUUGCGUUCAUAUGCAACACAGAUGGCCUUCCGACUUGCCUCAUUUGUCUGGAAAAGCUGGCGCACAAUAAAAAGUCAAAUUUGGAGAGACACUUUAAUACAAAACAUACCCAGUUCGCUAGUAAAUAUCCAAUCGGUGAUACACGAAAAAAAGCUGUUGAAGAGCUUAAAAAAACAAAACAGCAGUCAAGUUCCAUACUAAGUAACUGGACUCAAUCUUCAAAUAACGUAAAUCAGGCUAGCUUUGCAGUAGCACUAGAAAUUGCAAAAAGAGGGAAACCAUUCACGGAUGGUGAGUACAUCAAAGAUUGUUUCAUACGUGCAUCUGAUGAACUGUUUCGUGAUUUCAAAAACAAAGACGAAAUCAUGAAAAAAAUCAAAGAUUUGCCUUUGUCAGCUAAAACAGUACAAGAUAGAACUGCAAAAUUGUCUUCAAAUGUAACACAUAUGCAAGUGAGAGACAUUCAAGUAGCUUCUGCUUUAUCACUUGCUAUAGAUGAGUCUUGUGACAUAAAAGACACGGCACAAGUUUCCCUUUUCGUCAGAUAUAUGUCGUCCCAAGGUCCAAAAGAAGAACUGUUAGGGUUGCUACCGCUCUCUGGACAAACUCGUGGGGAAGAUAUAGCAAAUGCUGUGCAAAAAUGCUUGGAAGACAAUGGAAUAAAUUUAAAUAAAAUCGUUUCCAUAGCAACUGAUGGAGCCAGAAGUAUGACAGGAAUACAUAAAGGUGCAGUAUCGAUUCUUCAGACAAAAAUUAACCACGAAAUCCUAACGUUUCACUGCAUAAUUCAUCAAGAGGCGCUUUGUGCCCAAACAUUUCCGUCCGAAAUAGUUGAGGUCAUGAUCUUAGUAAUUAAAAUUAUUAACAGCAUCUUGGCAAAAGCAUUCUACCAUCGCCAGUUUAAAGAUUUUCUUGAAGAAAUAGAUAGCCCGUAUUCUGACCUACUUUUGCACAAUAAAGUACGAUGGCUUUCCAGAGGUAACGUAUUAAAACGUUUUGCUUCGUGCUUGAGAGAAAUAAAAACAUUCCUCAAUGAAAAAGGCAUUGACCAUCCCGAAUUGGAAGAAGACAAAUGGUUACAAAAAUUUUACUUCAUGGUAGAUAUCACAAUGAAACUAAAUGAGCUAAAUAUAAAACUACAAGGAAAGGGAGUCCCAGCAUAUGCCUUGCUGGAAGAAGUGGUUUGUUUCGAAAAAAAAUUACUUAUUUUUAGUGAAGACAUGGAGAGCGGUAAAUUACUUUAUUUUAGAAAUCUAAAGCAAUAUUGUAAUGAAACCAAUGCAAAAAUUGACAUUAAUUACUUCUGCAUAAUUAUAAAAAAAAUGAAGGAUGAAUUCGCCAAAAGAUUCGAGCAAUUCAAAACAAACAAAAGUACUCUCACAUUUAUAGUAAAUCCUCUCAACACAAACACACAUGAGAUCAACAUUGAACCAUUUGAAAUUGAUGCUGGAUUGUUUCAAAUGCAAUUGCACGAUUUAAAAAACAAAGACCUGUGGAGUGACAAGUUCAUAGAACUCAAGAGUAAGUUGGAAGAAUUGGAGGUUCAGAAAUGCAUGCACGUCGCACAGAACAAGUGGACAGCUCUAAAAGAAAUGCCGAGAGUAGAGGAAUUUAUAUUCGAAGCAUGGAAUAGUCUUCCAGAAUGCUACAGUGAGGUGAAAAAGUUUGCAUUUGGAGUGCUGGCAAUUUUUGGAUCAACAUAUUCGUGUGAGCAAGCGUUCUCUUGCAUGAAUACAAUAAAAAAUAAAGUAAGAAGCCAACUAACAAAUAAAAAUCUAGAGUCGUGCUUAAAACUUAAAACAACAAGUUAUGAGCCAAAUUUAAAAGAACUUUCAAAAGAUAUGCAAAGCCAAUGCUCCCAUUGA